AUGCCCCCGAAAAGGAUCCUCGUCAUUAAUCCCAACACCUCCAAAUCUAUCACCGCGUCCCUCGACCAGCUAAUCAGAACCCUCACCUCGGACUUCCCAACCACCACUCAAUUCACCACCUACACGGCCCCUUCCGGUCCACCCAGCAUUAACAGCGCCGACGACGCCCUUGCAUCCGCGCGCAUCGUAUACGAAGAUCUGCGCUCCCGCCUAGAAGACUACGAUGCCCUCCUAGUUGCCUGCUAUAGCCUGCACCCCCUCGUCGCCGGCCUGCAGGACGAGGUCGCUCAUGGCAUCCACGUCACGGGCAUCUUCGAGGCGAGUAUCACCACCGCCCUGGCCCUGCUGCCCAUGCGCUACGAAGACCCGACACUAGAACGCCUCGAGACGCGCCACAAGUUCGGCAUUGUGAGUACGGGAAAGGUGUGGGAGAAGGAGCUGUCGGACGGCCUCAAGCUGUUCCUGGACUUACAGAGCGUAGAGGCGACGGGGAGGUUUAAAGGCGUCGAGACGACGGGGUUGACGGCCGCGGAGCUGCAUUCAGCGCCUAAGGAGCUGGUUACGCGGAGAAUGAAGGAGGCGACGAGGAGGUUGGUGAAGGACAGGGAUAUCAAGGUUAUAUGCUUGGGCUGUGCAGGCAUGGUCGGCCUGGAGGAUAUUGUCCAGGAGGCUUUGGUCGAAGAGUUGGGCGAGUAUGAGGCCGGUGAGAUUGAUAUAUUGGAUGGUGUCAAGGCGGGCAUUGCCUUGCUGGAAGGCUUGAUGAGGACCCUACCAAGGAAGAAAUGA